AUGAGAGCAGUCGUUUACACUGGAAAGGACACCAUCUCGGUGGAGGAACGUCCGAAGCCAUCCCUCCUAGAACCCACCGACGCCAUCGUCAAGGUCCAACACACCACCAUCUGCGGAACAGAUCUGCAUAUUCUACAAGGCCACGUUCAGACAUGCACACCCGGACGUAUCCUCGGCCACGAGGGCGUUGGAAUCAUUGAGUCCUUGGGUACCGGCGUCACACGCUUUUCUGUCGGACAACCCGUCCUGAUCUCCUGCAUCACGUCGUGUGGCUCCUGCAAUUUCUGCCGCAAGAGAAUGCCCUCACAAUGUACAUCUGGUGGCUGGAUUCUGGGCAACACCAUCGACGGCACGCAGGCAGAGUUCGUAAGGAUCCCCCACGCAUCGUUCUCGCUGCAUGCGCUACCAAACGGCCUCGAUCCUAAAGUCGCCGUCACCUUAUCCGAUGUUCUUCCGACUGCAUACGAAUGCGGCAUUCUGAACGGUCAGAUCCAGCCCGGGUCAACUGUUGCUAUCAUCGGCACGGGUCCAAUCGGGCUGAUGGCGCUUCAGAUGGCACGGAAUCUGUUCGGGCCGUCCAUGACCGCCGUAGUCGGCAGGGGACAGCCCAGACUUGACACUGCAAAGGAGAUGGGCGCAGAUCAUGCGAUCAGUGUGCUCGGGGGCCAGGCGGAUGCCGUCGCCUCUGCGCUCGCAGUGACGAGUAAUCAGGGAUUCGACGUGGUGAUCGAAGCAGUGGGGACUACUGAUUCGUUUGAGCUCGCGCAGGCGUUGGUAGGUCCGGGCGGGACGAUAGCUAGUUUGGGGGUGUUUGGGACACCCUGCGCUUUGCAUUUGGAGGACCUCUGGCAUCGCAAUAUCUGUAUUAGAACUCGGCUGGUCGAUGCGUGUACGACACCUGAUUUACUGAAGAUUGUGGAGUCGGGCAAGAUUAGCCCUCAUUUUCUGGUUUCACAUAAUUUCUCCUUUGAUCAGAUAUACAAGGCGUAUGAGACUUUCCAGACGCCUUCCAAAUCCGGAUCUCUCAAAGUGGUCAUUAGUAUGGCUGAAUUGCAGCCCGCCAAUCCAAGACUGUAG